UACGCCCAAACCCGGCGUAGUUCCAUCGCUGAGUGAAUCUUCGACUUGCGGCGUAACGGAAAUCGCUUGUAGGAAUUAAAUGGAGAGUCGGGGAUCAGCGAGGGCUCAGCAUCGCUAAGUGAUGAAUUGUAACGUCCGGACGCCAUAAAUCAUGGAGGGAAUGCUUUACAAGUGGACCAAUUACAUAAGCGGCUGGCAGCCGCGCUGGUUUGUGCUGGACGGCGGAACUCUGUCCUACUAUGACUCCCAGGAAGAUGCCUGGAAAGGAUGCAAGGGCAGCAUCAAAGUGUCUGUAUGUGAAAUUCAAGUGCACCCCUCGGACUUCACGCGCGUGGACCUAACUGUCCCGGGAGAACAAUAUUUUUAUCUCCGAGCCAUCAACGCUGCAGAAAGACAGAAGUGGUUGGUUGCCUUGGGAACGGCGAAGGCUUGUCUCACAGACAACCGGACCAAGAGAGAGAAAGAGCUUCAGGAGAACACAGAGGCCCUGAAAACCAAGAUGUCUGAACUGAGACUGUACUGUGAUCUUCUCCUCCAGCAAGUCAACAAGAUCAAGGAUACUUCUCAGGCUGAGGUGUUAAAUGCUGCUGCAGGGGAGGAUGGAGAGGCCAUGGGCACUUUGGUGAAGACCACCUGCACCACCUUCCUGAAGACGCUUGACGAGUGCAUGCAGAUCGCCAGCCGGACAUUUCGGGCUGAUCUCCUAUCCCAGACCCCCCCUGGUUCACCUCAUGUUGUAGCCAUCAAACCUCACAAGGUCAGAUUUGCCAACCAGUCAAGUCACAGCAUUGCGGAAAAGAAAAAAGAACCAAAUAGUGAUUUAGGGAACCUUCAGACAUCCAGGAGAUCUGACUGCCAAGUGGAGGGUUCCGAUUUUUCAAGUUUCUCACCUGAAAGCUUCAAAACAGCAGAGGUGUCUCCACGGGUUGGUCUCAACGAAGAGGUGCGCGGUGACCUUGGGGAAGUCACGGAAACCCAUUUCCAGGCAGGAGAGAGUGCGCCUGCUUUUGAGCAACCGGAAAGACCGGCCAAAGAGGGAGAGCAGGAUGAGGCACUUUCGGAAGACGAGGCAGCUGAUCGCCCUCGGAGUGUAGAAUUGAUAAGCCCCGCCCAGCCCCAGGACAGUGAAGUGGGUGGUCCCCUCGGGAGAGAGGGGAAUGUGGGUGUCAACCCAGCCGAAGACGGGGCCAAAGCGGAAGAAACAUUGCAGGUGGACACGUUUUUCAGCACAAUGGGCCACAGGUUUAGCGAUAUAAGACUGGAGGACAACAAUGGUAUCCCAACUCAAGCCUUUCUGGACUCCUGCUAUGCCAUCGUUCCAGUUUUAGACAAACUUGGCCCCACAGUUUUUGCACCUGUUAAGAUAGAUUUUGUGGGCAACAUCAAGAAGAUCCAUCAGAAGUUCAUGUCGGACCCGAGCAGCUACCCGACCUUGCAGGCGAUCGUCAUGCACGAGCUGAAGAUGGAGGAGGCCCAGGUGCGCAACUCGGCCACGGAGGCAUUGCUCUGGCUCAAGCGAGGCCUCUGGUUUCUCAAGGAGUUCCUCUCGGAGGUGGACGCAGGACAGAAGGACAUCCAUGCGGCGCUCAACAGCGCAUAUGGAAAAACCCUGCGACAGUACCAUGGAUGGGUGGUGCGAGGAGUUUUUGCUCUGGCCCUCAGGGCUGCCCCGUCGUACUCGGCUUUCACAGCGGCGCUGGUGUCCCUGGAGGGGGAUGAACAGAAGGAGGGCUUCAUCCACAGCAUGCACAGGGACCUCGGUGUCUACCUUCCCGCCAUGGAGAGGCAGCUGGCCAUCCUGGACGCCCUGUACGAAGAGUACGGCUUGGAGUCGGACGAGGUGGUUUGAUUCCCGUGGAUGAUCGGCGGGUGUGAGAGUGGCCGGAAAGGGCACGGCAUGCUCCAAAAGCAGCGGAUUCAAAAACAGAGCUGAGCAUAUCGUAUGCCUGUACGUGCCGCCGGUUUCGCCCGAUUCCGCCGCCGUGAAGGAUGAAUCCGCAUCUGUGACAUUGCUCUUGUGACGUGUUUCGGGAAUUCCUUCAGCGUACGCCACAGGUUAAAGGGUUAAAGGUAACCCCUCAUAAGGUGAGGACGCGAAGUUUCCCUCGGACGGGGAAUGCCGAACACGCAACGUACGUCACGCUGACCUCCCUGUAGUCUGACAUUUGGAAGCACCGCUCUUCUGCGCGGCCAAAGUCCGCGCGGCCGAUUUCAGGGGUGUAAAACCUACCUGGAGUCAACUCAUUAGUGCAGCAGGAGUCCACUGCUGCCUGGCUGUCAUGUGCGAUGCUUCCCGUAUUACGCGAACCGAAGAAGCUCUGAUUGAUCGCGGGCCCUAUGGCAUACAGUAAUCGGCAGCUGUAUGGCAGAGGUCGCUUAGCAAUGAAAGGGAAUACCGGGUCUUGUGGAACGGACAGAUGUCGUGGUCAGUGUGUUUCGUGAGUGGAGUGGGGUCACUGGAACCGUAUUCGGACGUUCUCUGCGGCAGUCCAAAGCGAAAAGUCGGCACAGAACAGUGGUAGAAUACGGUCUCCUGAGACGCACAGUAGGAACACUACACCCUGGGUAUGGAAUGUGAUAGUGCCACUUUGGGAAAACAGUGUGAUUUGUAUGUAUUUUAAUUUUAAGAGAUAUUUAGCUGAUCAGUUGUCAGUCGGAGGAGACGUGGAGCGGAGGUGAACCUCUCGUUCUGCACCCGUGCGGUUUGAGCUCCUGCUCCCGUCAGCGCUACCGGCGGCAGAGCGUCCGAUCGACAAGCCCGGUCCUGGGCAAACCUCACGCACAAAUGACAUGUAGAGAAGUUUCAUUUGUUAAAAUCUUAUUUAUUGGGUUCUCUUUGGAUUUCUUUCUUCGUUUGAUAUGAGUGUCAAAGCAUCGCACUUACGUCCUGUUUGGCAGCGCAUUAUUUAGAAUGUUUCGUUCAUGAUGCCGUUUCUGAAGUUGAGGGUACUAAUUUAACCACAAGAAUUUACAGCUGACAUGCUUUUAUACACCAGUCUCGCUGCACUUCUGGAUUACGUCUUUUAAAUGAAGAAAUCGUCGUAAAUUUAGUCUUGUAAUCAGAAUUUUCACGAAGUGGCCAUUACAGUGGGAAAUCCCUGUAUCUAUGGCUGUGAGAGCUUUAAUGGCAGCGGAACAUGAAUUAAUCCAAAAUCUCAAACCUGGAAAUAAAAAAAAAUCAGAGUGUUUCUUCAUUACAGCGUGUCAGCAAAGCACAAAAAACUAAACUGUGUCUUCGUUCAGAUUUUUGGUUGAACGCAAUGAAGUGUAGUGGAUUAAUUGUCACUGUUACCAAGAAUUAUGUGUUAAACUUCCUUUAACUGUAAAUCUUGCUAGCGAAAACUUCAAGAAAUGCCCGACAAAGGAAAAAAGGAAUAACUUUCACUUUAACCGAACAUUUAAUUUCUUAGAUUUUAUUAAGAUAAAUAAAUUUGCCUUGCUACACUUAAAUGAGUAUGAUUCGCCAAUAAACUUUGGGAUUUAAUCAUCUUGUUUAACCACCAGAUGGACUGUGGUCUUUUAUACUGUUAUUAAUAUCAUCUGCUUGUCACAUCUAAGAAGGGUUUCUAUUCCUGUGUCUGAAGAUUGAGCACAGGGACUGAUGAUUAUUUUACCAAGCAGGAAAGCUCACUUAGCCUCACAUUUUAUACACUCUUUGUGUUGUAAUAUGGGCUGACAGCGCUGUAUAGUGUCCGUAGUCACACUGAUCAUCCCCAUGUGGAUAAAUCUUAAUUUACCUGUGUUGCCCAAUCACAGUCACUCAGUUUGCUC